UGUAGUAGGGGUUGAUAAGAAGGUGGGGAUAACUGAGCGGCACGCAUUGACGGGUCAAAAAGAGGGGGCGAUAGCUACGAAAAAAUAAACAAAAAAGAGAAAGGAAUAGGUUGGAAAAGGUUGAAGAAUAGUGCGCGGUUUACUUGUCGUCAGUCAGCUGUUUUGGAAAUUCAAAGCGUGUAGGACUGAACAAGAUAAUACGAUGGCCUCAAAAGAUCCGUUGAUAGGUGACGUGGAAUUAUCGAUGAUGGAUGAAACUCAGACUCACUAUAACCAGCCCUAUUCUUCAAAGGGAUUUGAACUGCCACAGUUAUCACAACUUCCUCUUGGUCAAAUGGGCUAUCCUCAAGCUCAACAGUGGGUGCAACAAAGGCAGGCUAACAUUAGGCCCUGGAGUUUAUUCUUGAACACAAAUAACAUCAGAGCACCUCCAAGUUUUUCUAGGCUUACCAAACGAAUUAUGAGGAAUAUUGAGUACUUUCAAAGCAAUUACUUAUUCGUGUUCCUUGGUCUGGUUAUCUAUUGUUUAAUUACUUCGCCGCUUCUUUUACUCACUGUUGUCUUAUCCCUGGGUAUUUGCUUCAAAGUUUCCCAACGGCACGCUAAGCAGGAAUUAAUACUGCUUGGUCACAAGUUAACGCUAGCUCAAGUUUACGGCCUAGUAGCUGCGUGCUCUUUGCCUUUGUUUUAUCUUGUUGGCGCAGGAGCUGCUUUAUUUUGGGUUUUGGGGGUUUCAUGGUUUUUGAUAACCAUUCAUGCUGCUUUUUAUAAUAUUGACUCGGUGCUAUGUCCCGGUGAAGAUGAAUUGGAAGCACUAACAGUACACGAAGUCUAAGGAACGUUAGUCAAUCAUAAUGGUAAUAAUAACGAUAUUUGCGAAUAUUUUGACAAGAAAUUAUAAAUAAUAUAAACAGGUGUUCACGACGGAUAUCAGGACGAAACAUCUGUAACAAAAAUUUAGUCAAUAUAUUUAUAUAUAUAGAUUCAUAGGCAAAUCUCACGUAUGUAAUACAUAUAGAUAUACAUAAAUAUAUGAAAAAUAAAUAAUAUAUAUUUUGCUCAUGCUGCAUGUACUAGUAUAUCCUACAAAAUAAGUGUGAGUUAAAACAUGAAAAAAUGAUAAGACGAUACUUCCGAGUCAUUUAUACCAAUUUUUGCUACAAUGAUGCCUCUCUGCAAUGCAACCUUUGUCAAGCAGAUAGCAAUAAAUAUUGAUAUUUGGAUAAAACAAUAUUGUCUCGUUCAUUUGUUAAGAUGUGUUCUACCGAAAUAGGUAAAGAAAAAAUUAUCUCUGCAUAAUAUAACGUAUAUAGGUCAUAGAAUGUCGUACACGUCGUUAAAUGAGUCUCAAUUUCAAAUCUAACUUUCACUGUGGUGACAGGCUAUAUAUUUUUAACUUGAGAUUCAAGUCGGAAUAAUCAGUUGAAUCAUUUGAGAGUUUAAUUAAUUGACAUGUACUUCGGUCACAUCAGAAUAAUCCCAAAUAUCUUUCAGUUUUGCCUGCAAUACUAGCUACAACUGUUACAUAUAACGAAUGUUUAUUCAAUAAUCAAAAAAGAAAUCACCCGGCAGUAGGUUGGGUAAUUUCUUAAAACAAUCGUUGUCAUUUGUUGGGUAGUUCGAUUACAGCGCACCUAUCAUCAAUCCCCAGCAACAGGAAGACAAGUCGUGCACAAAACGCGAAACGUCAACUUGGCACAUCAAAAUUUCUAGUGUGAUUAUCAGCCGUCUUUUCGACGUUGCGUCAUCAGUGUCAAUAUUCGCAAAGGAAUUCACGUAUAUUUUUUCAGUGAUAAUCAAGAAUUAGGAAAUGAAGUGGUUCGAGGGAAAUAUUACAGAGGCAGUGGCGGCAUCGAAAUCGCGAAAGGCGAUUUUUGUUGUGUUCGUUGAGGG